UCAACUGCGUCCCGUCCUACAUUAAACGUAGAGACCUCGUUGGCACAGCACUCGACGAGGUUUCCGUAUUCGGAUGCCUGCCGUGCUAGUGAACGAAGUCCGCUGUACGUGUAAGCAGUAAACAUGCAAUAGGUGUUGCAACUAUGGUUAGGCUUCUUGUGGCCACACCUUCCUUGGCAGUCGUUUUUGCCGUAUUCGGUUGGUGCAGCGCUGCAGAGGGUACGUACAAAGACCCGCACUUUUUUGCGAACCGCACUGUAAUAGUUGAGCUCUUCGAAUGGACGUGGUCGGAUAUCGGACAAGAGUGCGUUGAAUUUCUUGGUCCUCAUGGAUACGGUGCUGUACAGGUUUCACCACCGAACGAAAACGCUUUUCGUUUGUACACCGUCCCCGGCGGUGAGUCCGUAAGGACGUGGUACGAACGCUAUGAGCCCGUGAGCUACACCGUCUCUUCACCAAGUGGUGAGAAAGAUGAGUUCGCCGCCAUGGUGAAGAAAUGUAGAGAGGCUGGAGUGAGGGUGUACGUGGACGCUGUCUUGAACCACAUGACGUCCGACAUUGGUGAAGGUGAAGGAUAUGCCGAAAGUCGCUUCGAUGCCCACACCUAUAGCUACGACGGUGUACCGUACAGGGCAAACGAAUUUCAUUCUCUAGCUCAGUGCGGCACCACUUCUGGACGCAUUGAGGAUUACAGCAACGUCGUUCAGGUGCGGAAUUGCAAGUACGAAGGAAGAGCGGAUCUCGACCACAGCCAGGAGACGGUGCGACAGAAGACAGUGAGCUAUCUCAACGACCUCGUCUCUCUGGGCGUCGCUGGCUUUCGUAUCGACUCCGCUUCGUACAUGUGGCCGGAAGACCUGCGCGUGAUCUACCGUCGCAUCUCCAACCUGGACGACAACGGCACUCGGCCUUUCAUCUACCAAGAGAUUUCGGCACCGGCGGACUUCAGUUCCAGUGAUUACGCCAAAGAUGGCUGUGUGACAAAACCCCUGUUUUACAAGAAGAUUGUGAACGUUCUGAAGAAAGUAAACCAAGCGACGCUUAAAGAACUGAAAGCAGACGUAACUCUUCUUCCCUCAUCCGACGACAGCGUCGUGUACGUCGACAGUCACGAGAUCCAGAGAGGCAUUGACGUGAACGACUUCGAUAACGACGCCGUCAACUACCAAGAGAGGAGAACCUACGUGUUAGCAAACGUCCUGAUGCUGGCCCAGCCGCACGGGAUGGCACGAGUGAUGAGCAGCUACGCGAUAGAUCGGAAAAUGGAGCCCUUUGUUCCUCCUCGCCUUCUUGGGCCCCCGUCUGACCACGCAUUCAACACGCUUCCAGUGCUGAAGAAGGCCAACUACGAGUGUUACAAUGGCUGGAUCUGCGAACACAGGUGGCUCGAAAUACGUGGCAUGGUGCAGUUCAGAAACGCCGUUGGAAGUGUGCCUGUCACUGCUUGGUGGGACGACGACGCCGAUGCCAUUGCAUUUGCCCGACAAGGAAAGGGCUUCGUGGUCAUCAACAACGGCCGUUCUACGCUAAACACUUUACUCAACACGACACUUCCCGAGGGAUAUUAUUGCGACGUUCUCAGUGGUGAGGUGACGGAUCAACAUCAUUCAGCUUGCAGCGGACGUACCGUUAGAGUACGCCGUGACAGCUACGCCCACUUCAUCGUGAACAGCGACAGUGACGUUCCUGCCGUAGCGAUUCACAUUCACGCGAGGGUCUUCCCAGACAUCUGACCACUGCGAACGUAGUCGUCCACUGGUAUAUUUUCUAUACAAGUGGCGCAACCAUAUACGAAGCCUUCGUCGCACACUCAUUACGGUGACUCUCCUCCGUUGGGAUCCCGUCAACGUUCUAUGUACUCAGCUGCUGAUCCUUCAACGCUAAUCCUCCUAAUCGGUGCGCGGGUCUUCCUUAUACACCGUAUAAGAGCGGGCCUGCUUUUAUCCGCUUCUAUAAGACCUAUCUAAAAGAAGAAGAGAAAAAAAGAAAACCACAUCCUUCGGAAGCGUCCAUCGCUCACAAAGCACGACGGCACGACCUUGUACUUGGCCUUCCAUUUCGUUGCCGACCGCAGCCUGACCCCAAAAGAGGAAAAGACUCGCCCCAACCCCCUCUUGACCCGAUCAGGAAAUGUUGGGAGGUUGUUGGAACCGUUUAUAUUAAACGCCCCCGGCUCCGGCGGUUGCGUGAUGGAAGUGGCUUCGUCGCGAGUGUUUGUUUCCGGAUCGAAACAUCCACUCAGCUAAGCGUGGGGGGACGCACAUUGAAGAGUUUGUUUGCAAACCUUUUGUUGUUGUUGUUGUUGUGGUUGUCUGUGCACUUUUGGGCUGUUUGUUCGCGAAUUGGUUAGGAUGCUGCCUGCGAAUUAGACGGGGUGUAAAAAAAAAAAAAAAUAUAUGCAUCUCUCGCUCUCGAGGGCAUAAAUGCGACCUACUUGUCGAGCGGGAUGUGGUAUUCCGACGUUUCUAUCUUUUGCUCUUCGCGUUUUUGACGGUGAGUUUUCUUUGGUGUUUAGUGUUGCGCUUCGUCGCUCGAAGAAACCGGCGUAUAAGUCUGGUUUAGAACUCGAUGCAACAACGGUAUAACGGUAUAGGGGUUGGCGCUAACGGAGCGACUCUAUUGACGAUUCGGUUUCGACGGUGCAUAUAGAGAGCAGCAUUGUUACUACACGCUAAGGAGACGGGGAGUAAUCGUUUUGUGGAGUAGACAGAUUGCAACAAGCGUUAAUCCCGUUCGGGAGUAAACGCACAGAAGUUUAAGCGAAAUUUAGUACCUAUUUACAGUGCUGGGGAGCAAGUUUCAAGCUAAGGAAGACAAAGUGUGUGUGUGUGUGCGGGGGGGGGGGGGGGGAGACAAAUUGCAAGGUGGUAGAGUAGAGGGUGUAACUGUUCACCAGUUUACCCCCUUUAUUUUCCUAGAGUGCAUAUAUGAACGUGAUCUCGCCAUACAAUUGCGAGUUCUGCUUCUAUAUGCAAAAAAAAAAGAAAAGGAAAGAAAUGAACGAUCGCCGGUCCAUAAUCGCCAAAUAAUCCUAAUAUGCCUUGCUAAUACGCUACGACAGUACUUCGCUGCGCAUGAGAGCAAGAAAAGCAUAUCUGCGCAUGAGAGCAAGAAAAGGUUGGGGGGGGGGGGGGGUAAUGGCAGGAAAGGCUCGCCGUUGUUGGUAACACAGAAGUGGGUGUCGUCACGACUAUAGCACACAAAAAAAUACGAACACAAAACAAAAAGAAAGAAGGACGGACGGAUGGAGGACAGAGGAGGAUGAAGGUUGGAGAUGCGGUGAGGGUGCACGAGUUCGUCGGGGAGAGCAAAGUAUUAGAUGGGUGGUUGAGCAAGGCCUGCCUUCUGCAGAAAGAGAGUGGGAGAAAGCACGUGACAAAGCGUCUAUCCACUCAGAAAGCAGCAAUAAAUAAGGGGUGCAGAUGGGCCACAACACUAUGGUGAAAAAGAUGAAGCAGCGUGGACCUCACGUACAGUUGUUGUGAUACCUUUUUUGCGGGCGACCGAGACCGUUCUACGUGCACGAGGGGAAAUGGAAAGGCUGAGGGACUGCGCGAAAGGCUGACCUAUACUUUCAUAGUGUAUGGAACAGUAUAAGAAAUGAGGGAGGAUCCGAGAAUCGUCAGCGACAUCAUCGUAUAGUCACUGUCUGCCCCUGUGCUUCGUAAUCCUUGCGAGGAACAUUCAGAGAAGUGCUUCAUUUUCUCAUUAACAAUAUAACCGAAUAAAGCACUGAACGCUGGAAACAAGGUAGUCAUGCACUCUUAGAACGAACUACACCGCAUAGAGCGUUGUUCGCCAACCACUGCCACGAAUGAUAGGGUUAGCGCUUCUGAUUCGAAGAGCGAGGGGGGCGUACGCCUUUUUGUAUCAAUUUGGAUAUAUGAUAAAUGCUACAAAAAGGCGUACGCCCUCUCUCUCUCACUCUUCAAAUAAGAAGCGAUAGCCGUAUCAUUCGCUGCAAUGCACUCGAGAAACAGAUGGUGGUGGUGACGAACCGGCUUGCCGUUGUUGGCCGAAAAACAGAGCUUCGCUGCAUAGCACGCUCCUAGCCAAUCAUCAUCCCGAUUGACAACUGUUAAAUAUAUCACCUGCGAUAUAACAACGAUGAAGGAUAACGAAUCACUUUCUCGCGUGAUGAGUCAUCCCACGUUCACAGUACAUUCUUCAUUCCACGUUUGCAGCCAUUAAACGUCCGUUGCCUAACAACGUUCUCUCCCUUGAUUUGAUGAAAAAGGGGGCGUACGCCAUUUUUGAGACAAUUAUGCACUUCAUAUGUGUCACAAAAAAGGCGUACGUCUCCCGUUUUCAACAAAUCAGGGGACAGGACGAUGUCGCUAGGGUUCAUAGUUGGAUAGGAGCGUGCUAUGUGGUGAAGUUCAUUUUUAAGGGUGUGGUUGGCGCACAACGUACUCUGCGGUCAAGUUCUGUUCUGAGAGUGUAGCGCAGAACAACAGCAGUUACUUAUAUGAGUACACAGUCUGUAAGUACCCCAUUUGGUACCCCAUUCGGAAAUACAGCACUCAUAGACAUGUAAAGCAAUACGGGAAUAUGUAUAUGGAAUAAAUAAAAGCCUUUCAGGUC